AUGAAUUCAGAUUUUAUAUGUUUUAGAAAGCAUUUAUUCAAAGAUUCUAUAUAUCAAAUAGACAUACAAAAUGAAUAACUUAGAUUAACUGAUAUUGUAUAAAAUAAUCAUACAUAAUUUAGACUUCUGGAAAACCUAAAUAUAUAAUUCAACUAGAUUGGUCUGUUGAAAUUAGUUGGAAUAUAACAAAUUAAGAAUAAGCUUUUGGAUUGAAAGUAAAUUAAAAGUUUAAAUGGUUUUAUGCUAAAUCUCAAACAAUUUAAAAUAUGAAAAAGUAAUUGUAAAAACAUGUGACAUCUACAGAUUUUAAUUUAUUUUAUACAUUAACAACUCAUUAAUCUAAAGGAUAGAACUUAAAUGAAUAUGAAGUGUUAUAUAAAACUGAUAAUACAGUUGAUUUGGUAGCUAAAUGCAUAUAGAAGGAUUAAUUAGAUGAUUAAAAUAUAAUAUUUGGGGAACUUAAUAUUCUAAAACUGUUAAAUCAUCCAAGUCUACCUGUUUUUGAGGAAUUCUUUUUUACAUAAGGAACAUACUAUAUCAUAAUGGAAAAAAUAUAAGGAGAAAAAUUAAGUACAAUUUUAAACACUUCUAAAAUUUCAUUAAAUCUUCGUUUAAUUUAAUCAAUAAUUUUAGAAUGUUUAUAGGUAUUACAAUAUCUUGAAUCAAUUCAAGUAUUGCAUAGAGACAUCUCUCCUGAUAAUAUAAUAUAUGAUUAAUAAAACAAAAAGAAGACUGUUAAAUUAAUAAAUUUUAGUAACUCAGUAAAAUUUGGCACUGGUCUUAAAAUAUGUGGCACUCCAGGUUAUAUAGCACCAGAGAUUUUAUUAGAAUAAUAAUACGGAUAUGAAUGUGAUAUGUUUUCUUUAGGUUGCGUAUUCUAUAAAUUGUAUGAUGAUAAAUAAUAAUAUUAGAUUAGUCAAGAAAGAUUUAUUUAAUGGAAAUACUUUAGCUGAAAUAUUAUAGGAGAAUAAAAAAUGUAUUUUAAAUUUAAAAAAUUUACAAUUAUUCCGAAUUCCUAAUAGUGCUUAAGAUUUAUUGAUACGAAUGCUUGAAGCAAAUCCUAAAUAAAGAAUAUCAGUUUUUUAAGCUUUGAAACAUCCAUUUAUUAAUGAUUCAUUAAAAUUGAGUAUUUCAAAUUAAAAUAGUUAAAGAAAUUUUAAUCAAAAUAGAUCUGAAAGAAAUAUUAUAAAAAAAGAUUUAUUGAGUUUUCAUUCAGAAAAAUAAAAAUUUGUAGAUGAACUUGAAGAAGAUUAUUUUUAAAAUGAAUUACCUCCUAUGUGUGAGAUUCCAGUAAUGAAUUCAGUAAAAGGAGGUUAAAGAAUAAAUUUUGAUAGCAUAGAUGAUAAUGAUACAAAAUUUAGAAGUGUUAUUUCAAAAUCAACUGGUUGA